AUGACACAAACUAAAUCUUUUCCAACAGGAACUACACAACAACAGGAAGAUACUAUUCAAAAUACUAUCACUCCAAACAAAACGAAAAUGGAAGAGUGCACCGGCUCAGACGAUUUUGAUGUCGACAGUGUUAUUGAAGCAAUGGACAACGAAGUGAAAAAACAAGCAACCCUCAAAACUCAAGAGAUUAAACCACACAAAAAGUUUGACUUUGAUAACAAAUUAGUCAAAAAUUUCCACUCAGUCCAAAACCUCUCAAACUUCGGGUUUUUGCCUCCACAAAAGAAAAAGGUGACACUGAUUUUUGAAAAUGAAAAUAUUUUACUCUUAGGGAAUUUCAAUGAUAAACUCAAAGAAACAUGUCAACGCAAUGGAGCAACUUUUGUUGAAAAGAGUUCUCCAUUACUUUCGAUUAUAGUAUGUUCGAAUGGUAUUAUAGAACAAGACACUUUACUCAAUUGCUCGACGAAAGGAAUUCCAAUCGUGACCAACAAAUGGAUUGAAGACUCAAUCAACAAUAGGAAAAAAAUGGACACACAAAAGUAUUUGAUGUCUGUUGAGCAAAUUGAUGCAACAUCAAGGAAGAGAGACUAA